UUUUUAACCAGACACAAAACACGGUUUCAAAAUAUUCCAUUGACUGUAGUUCCACUUUGUUUGUGACUCGCAGACGGGACGAUCGUGUGUACGUUGCCCGCUCUUCGCUGCAGUAAAACGUCGUUUAUUAUGUGGGAUUUCAUAGCUUCUCUCUAUUUUCUUAUGGAUUUUGUUUCGUAGUACUGGCGAUCUUCUAAUAUGAAAUUGAAAGGCUAGCUCUACUUUGCAUUACGAAAUCUGGGACAUCACAGCCGUGCUUGUAUCUCAAAAACGCUAGCCGGUGUCCUUUAUGAACAGUAACGACGGCAGACAGCCCGUGAUUGUCAGAAUGGGGGAAACAGCGGCGGGAACUGUAGCCACGGGUGUAAGCCUGACUUAUGCCUCCCUGGCCGGCGGGGGGAACAGCACUCCUGGGUACGAUAAUCUCACCGAGUUGGAUCCUAACUCCACAUCAGCGGCAGACCUGCCCCCGUACACACUCGAUCUCGGCCAAACCAUCGGUCUAGCGUUUGUCUUUGGGAUCAUCAUCCUAACAACUCUUGUUGGAAACAUUUUAGUGUGUUUAUCGCCUCUUUUGUGUCACAGACUGCGAACAGCGACCUACACUUUUUUGAUUUCUCUCGCCGUUGCGGAUUUAUUGCUUGGAAUAACCGUAUUGCCCUUUAGUGCUUACAACACUCUGAAGCCCAAGCAAUGGAUCUUUACACCGAUCUACUGUAACAUUUAUGUGUCGUGUGAUGUCAUGUUUAGUACGUCUUCCAUUCUACAUCUUCUUUUGAUCAGCUUAGAUCGUUAUGUAGCCAUCACGCGCCCAUAUGCUUACCAACGCAAUAUGAACAGGAAGAAAGCGUAUGCUUCGCUGGCUGUCGUAUGGACCAUCUCAUUACUUAUUUCUUUUUUACCUUUGCAUCUUGGCUGGAACACAGAAGACGGUAAGGUCCAAAACUAUGAGAACCCCAGAAUAUGCGGAUUAGAUAGCAACAGAUACUACGCCUUAUUCGAUGGCAUCGUUUUAUUUUUUAUUCCACUGAUUGUGAUGUCCCUGGUGUAUAUUCGCCUGGUGUUCAUCGCCAAUAGACAAGCGCGUGCAAUUCAAAAACUCAUGAUCAGCAGUCAUAAUGAGACGAGUGAGGAGCGCGCCAACCGCAGACGAUCGGUCGAUGAGCACCGCGCGCUCAAAAUUAUCGCGAUAGUGAUGGGUGCUUUUGUCGUCUGCUGGGUGCCGUACUUUACCCAGUUUACCUUCAGAGACGUGGGAGAGUGGGUUAUUCACCCAGUUCUAUUUGAAGUGCUUCUUUGGUUGGGAUACCUCAACAGUCUAAUAAACCCUGUUGUCUACGCGUGUAUGAAUCGCGAAUUCCGACGCGCUUUCAAGCGCCUACUUUCCUGCAUGCGAUGGAAACCGCUGGACGAUACCAUGGACUCGCGAUAUUACACCACGCAGCACUCCAGGUGCACGGGUGCCGACUCUAAAAAUGGAGUCCGAUAUAGUGCCUCGUCGAAUCACCCGACAACAGGGAAUGGUUCUAAUAACUACACCCUUCAGCUACCCAUAAAAAAGAACGGCAUCUACAUGAAGUUAUUCAGGUCUUCCAGCCGAGAUAGUAGCACACGCCCCCAGCCCACAUGACAUAUGGAGACUCGUGUGUAGUUUAGCUGGUCAUUAUUUAGUUUAGCUGGUCAUUAUUUAGUUUCACAAACCUGCUUUUACGGCUGCUUGACACUACUUUACUUCGUAUAGGAAUAAGCAUGGUAAAAUGAAACGUAAUAUGUGUUGUUUUUGUCAGCAGCGUCUAGUCCUUUGGUGUCACAAACAACACCAGAUGCAUAAUUAUCUAAUGCUUAAGAGUAACCAUGAAAUAUGUCACGCAAUGUCAAUUCCGACCUGGUACGACGUUGUGAUCAAACGUUGUCCC